GGUUUGACUUUAUUCUACAAGCUGCUCAUGAAAUGACUUGGUAGAUGUGAUGCAAUUGUUGCUUACAUUUGGUAGGAAGAGGGUUAAGCAUUGUGUUUGCUUUGCAGUGAGCACAAAAGUAGCUGAGGUGCACGACGGCAACCGCUUCGACUGCUGUCGACCUCAUCCAGCAGACCUACCCACGCGGCCAAUGUAUCACAAGACAAGCGUCUACCGGGGCACCAUGGAAUUCCAGUUUGAGAAAUCCACAUGGCCAUCAUUCGGGAACGGAAACGCUGGCUGGGGUCUAGCAGCCUACUCGGAGAGCCUUCGCAGCCGGCGCUGUAAGCCAAAACACAGCACCCUCGACACUUCUGCUUGCGGACGUAUCACACUUUAUGGACACGCCACACCCGGCACAACCACCAGUUUGUCGAAGCAAGCGGCAGCGGCGUCAGCCCGAACGGCUCGUUUAUCUUGAUAAACAAGGGACAACGUCGGGUCUAACCACUUUUCGGAGAGCCCGCGCCAGCCCACUACUGUGGGCCAAGACACAGCGCCUUCGUAACUUCCUGUCUGCGGCCGUAUCGCAUUUUAUGGACACGGGUCUAGCCACCUACUCGGAGAGCCCGCGCCAGCCGACUAAGACACGGCACCUUCGUAACUUCCUGUCUGCGGCCGUAUCGCAUUUUAUGGACACGCGGUCUACUGUGGCAUCCAUCUCCAUGGACUGGAUGUGGCCAGGUUCCAUUGAAGUAACCGAUCCUACAUUGAGCAAAGAAGCUCGGAGUAGCGAUCACUGCGGAGCAGACCAUGGACGGUGUUCCAGCCCACGUGGGCUGAGUGGGUCCGCUGGUGCGAUCAGUUGCUUGCGUGCAACGCCGUCACGCACUAGUCACCUAUGGGGAUACUGCUGCCUCCUUGGUCACCUCUGGCAGGGUCUAGCAGCCUAUUCGGAGAGCCCUCGCCAGCUGACUGGUGUGGCCCAAGAGUCAUUCCUUCGUCGCUUCCUGUCUGCGGUCGUAUUGCAUUUAAUGGACACGGAACCCGGAGAAGGCGCCUGGAGAUGACAAGGUCACCGCAGAGGAAGAAUCAGAGCGCGAGGCUUAAGUCUCGAUGCCGCGGUUGCGCUAGAUGCAAUGCACUACUUGCCUAAACAAAAUGCCGCCUUACUCGACAUGGAGUGCCAAGAUUUCUGUAAAUAAAGUGGUACACUGCG